CCUAUCGUUGUCUUACACCCACCGCGCAACGGACAAAGGUCCUGUUGUUGUCGUCCUUGACACAAGCAAGCCACUUGGGUCCAGUCUGACGCAUGGCUUGCAUUGGAGAUCGCGCGCUGUGUUUUGAAAACAAGGAGGCCGGCAGCAAUCUCCACUCUGAAGGCUGCAGGUAGGACACGGAUCGUCCUCGAAUAGUGCUUUCAGAUUUUUUGCGUAUUUUCAAUACGCUGUACAAACACUCAUUGACGAACGCUUUGAUUCGGGAAGAACCAUCAUGUGACGUGCCUUGCCUCGAGAAUGCGAUGAUUACCACGUUCUUAGACAAGAAGGAAACAAUUGCCAGCAAGAACUUGGAAAAUCCGAAAUCCUUCUGUGGACUUCUCAAUGGUAAAUUUAGAAGAUCUGUACUAGUUUUAUUCUUUCUCCUUGUCACUGCAACUGCCAAUGGACAUCAAACAAGAGUUACCACAGAAUCGAUUGCUUCAAACACAACAGUAGAUCUUCAAGGAUUGCAUACUUCAGGAAUAAAUGCAUCAGAGAAUAAUAUUAACCAGAACUCCCCAUACAUAGAAGAAACUAGCACAACUGCACCAUUAAUACCAGAAAAUGACUAUUUAUUAACUAAAAAGUCCUUGAGAUACACUUUACUUUUGGUUUUUAGGCAGGAAUUAGACAGUAGGAAAUUUGUGAUAAAUAUAAAUGCUGUUGAUGGAAGUUCAUCUGAAACUGUCUAUAUCCUUACAGUUCAGAAUAGAUCACUCUCAUUUCAAAGAAAUAGUUCCAUAUUUGGCAUUGUUAAAUUAGCUAGUGUUUCCUCAUGGCAAAAACUGCUUGUAAGCUUUAAUCACCAAGAAAUCUCAGUCACCCAAAGUUGCCAAGAAUUCAACUACCUAUCACUGCCAAGCAUUAGUAAAUUGGAAGAGUGGGAAAAGAUUGCUGUAACAGCACUCCUUGAGGAUGCCCAAGAUAGUGAUAUUAAGAAUGACAUAUGUGAACUGUUACUUGUGGAUCAGCAAGAAACUGUGAAUGCUUUCUGCCAGAGACCAUUGACAAGUGAUUGCUCUAAUAGAAAAAAUCUUCACGCUAAACAUCAGACUAAGGAAAGUUGGAACAGCACUGAAACACAAUCAGGCCAAGGCAUUGUUGCCAUGCCAGCACCUGCUGGAGUCAAGGGUCCUCCCAGUAACACAGUGACAGAAUUAACAAGAGUGGUAACAGUCAUUGAGUCCCGCGGUCAUCCUGGAUUGGUCGGUGAAAUUGGACCUAAGGGUUAUAAAGGUGAUAAAGGCAUGCAGGGUCCAGGUGGCAUCCCUGGAAAGCCUGGUUCUCAUGGCCCUCCAGGUGAGCAGGGUAAUGUAGGACUGAAAGGUGAUCUUGGGAUUAUUGGACACCAGGGUCGUGCUGGAAGAAAUGGACCUAAGGGACAUCCAGGACCUCUGGGUGAUGCAGGUGAACCAGGCAUGGCAGGACUACCAGGUGUAGAGGGUGAUCAGGGAGACCCUGGUGAUGUUGGUGAACCUGGAGAUCCAGGACCUCAAGGGUUUCAAGGCUCCCGUGGACAAAUGGGUCUGACUGGAGCAUCUGGGAAUCCUGGAGUUCAAGGACCCUCAGGUUCCAGGGGAGUUCAAGGAUAUCAGGGUGAUCGUGGAAAGCAAGGAGAAGGAGGAAACCAUGGAAAAAGAGGAGCUAAGGGAAACAGAGGAAGUACUGGGCGCAGUGGCAUGAAAGGCAAAAAGGGAAAUCCAGGUCCACUUGGCCCUAAAGGAGAGGAGGGUGAAAAGGGCCAUAAGGGCAUUCCAGGUCAUGUGGGAUCCAGAGGUGCACAUGGUCCUCCAGGAGCACAGGGUCCUCCUGGAGAUCCUGGGCAUAAAGGAUCAGCAGGACUUCAUGGUCACAAGGGAAUGCCUGGAAAGCUAGGUAAACCAGGAAUCCCUGGACAGAAAGGCAGUGAGGGUUCUUCUGGUGAACUUGGAUUUUAUGGCCCCAAAGGAAACAAGGGAGAUAAGGGGGACAGGGGUCGCCGUGGUUUCCAUGGAAAACGUGGAGUAAGAGGAGACUCUGGGAAGAAAGGAAGAAGGGGCUACAAUGGUUUAAAUGGCGAUAAGGGAUCAUCUGGAAGGAUUGGAGAACCAGGACCACAGGGUCCACUGGGAACACCAGGUGUCCAAGGAGUUAUUGGUAGUCCAGGAUUAAGAGGACCUCCGGGACGUCGUGGUCCUAAUGGCACAGUUGGCGUAAUAGGAAAACCAGGGCCUCUGGGUAUCGAAGGAAAGCCUGGCAAUCAGGGAGCACAGGGCCCAAAAGGAGAGGAUGGUCCAGCUGGAAUACCUGGAUCAGUAGGAGAAGCCGGGCCCCAAGGAUUGCAGGGUGAAUUAGGGCCAAAGGGAAGUCGUGGAGAAAUCGGAGAGCCUGGAAAACUGGGCGCUGCUGGUCAUCCUGGAACUAAAGGCACGCACGGAAUUACGGGGCCAGACGGUGUUGAAGGGGGUGAAGGGCUCGUCGGUGACCCAGGCGUCAAAGGUUCAGGAGGGAUUCAAGGGGUUAUGGGCAUUGCUGGGCCUCAGGGUCCACCUGGUCCAUUGGGAAAAUCUGGCCUGGAAGGGAGUGAAGGAGAACAGGGAAAUGAUGGACUACAAGGCUUCCUAGGACUGCCUGGAACCGCCGGUGGAAAGGGAGACAGUGGUUUGGCUGGACAGAAAGGUCCACCAGGAAGUCAGGGACCUUUUGGUGCACCAGGACCACCUGGCUUGGAAGGAGCCAAGGGAACAAAAGGUUUUAAGGGUGAGAGAGGUUCACCAGGACCAAAAGGGCCUCAAGGAGAUCAAGGGCCAAAAGGAACUGGUGGAGAACAUGGAGUACCUGGAAUUCGAGGAAAUCUGGGUAAAGAGGGUCAACCAGGACUUGUUGGUUUACGUGGUGUUCAGGGAAUGAAGGGAUCAGAGGGCGAAGACGGCAUUGCUGGUUUAUGGGGAGAUCCUGGGAUAAAGGGUCACGAGGGAACACCGGGUUUACGAGGACAUCCGGGUGCCACAGGUGACAUGGGCCUUGUGAAUAGUGAGAGUGGUGCUCGUGGAGAAAUGGGAGAGGAAGGCGAAAUCGGGGAGACGGGAGAAGACGGAGAGAAGGGAGAUAGAGGAUUUUCUGGAAAAAACGGAAGAGCGGGUUCCUCUGGUGAGAAAGGACUGCCUGGUGAUCUUGGCGUGCCUGGAGUAUCGGGAUUUGCAGGGCCACGCGGGGAAAAAGGACCUAGAGGCUCGACAGGAGGUCAGGGCUUAUCUGGAGCCCCAGGCUCUCCUGGAGAUACUGGAGUCAUUGGUCUUGGGGGACUUACGGGCCUUCUCGGUGAAAGUGGACGUAUCGGUGAUCCUGGAGGAGCGGGUGAGCGGGGGAAAAAGGGAAAGGAAGGCAGGAAUGGCUCACCUGGACUUAAGGGUCAUCGUGGAUCGAAAGGACAAAGUGGAGAGCCAGGGAUGAAAGGACCAACCGGAGGUAAAGGAAACCCGGGUAGAAGAGGGGAUGAUGGAAAAAACGGUGAAAAGGGAGAGAGAGGCGACCAAGGAAGUCUGGGACCCUCUGGACAACUAGGGCCUGAGGGAAGCGUUGGCCCACCUGGAUUAAGGGGAAUGCCAGGUUCCCUCGGGCAACAGGGAAAAAAAGGACUGUUCGGACCAUUAGGAGAGACGGGGACGAUAGGUGCAGAGGGACUGUUUGGAGAAAGGGGUGCGCAGGGAGACCCGGGAAUGCGGGGCGAGAGGGGUGAGAGAGGUAUUCCUGGGAAUAAGGGGGCUGUUGGACCGAAAGGAAGACAGGGUUCUGUUGGCGUCAGUGGAGAUCGAGGUCGAGGUGGCAAUGCAGGACAAAUGGGCGAUCCUGGAAUGUCCGGUCUUCGAGGCAGCCCAGGUUCAGAAGGAAAUCAGGGUCGAACUGGUUACGUGUUUCUAUGUGAUCAGUUUUGUUUGCGUUCUUUUUGUCGCAGGGAGAAAAAGGCGUUCCGCUUAAAAUGUUUUCUUUUUCUUCUUUUUAUUUCAAUCUCCAAGGGAACCUCAGGAUUAAAGGGAGUGAGAGGAAUUGUGGGUGCAGUUGGUCUGCCGGGCCCUCCUGGUCAGGUGCUGGGGUUUCAAAGAUUUACCCAGAAUGAUGACUUUGAUCAGGCAAUGCAAAACAUCAAGUCUUUGCUAUACGUGUCUUCUACGGUGGAGAAAUACAAAUCCCCUUUAGGUACCAGAGAUAAUCCAGCCACGUCGUGCAAAGACCUUAUGUACAGUGACAACUAUCAAGACGGUCAUUUCUGGAUUGAUCCCAACCUUGGAUGCCCUGCUGAUGCCAUUAAGGUAUACUGCAACUUUACCGCUGGAGGAGAAUCUUGUGUUUCUCCUCUUCAGGAUAAGAUUCCGAAGAAGACCUGGAGAAAUGAUUCAGAAUCAUCGUGGCAGAGAUUUUCAAAUCUUGAACAAGGUUUUAAGAUCGGCUACAAAGCCAGUAAAGUACAGCUUAACUUCCUGAGACUUCUCAGUACCAGGGUAAGCCAAACAAUAACAGUCAAGUGUAAGAGGAUUGUAGCAUGGUUCCACAGAGCAUCAAAAAGUCAUCGUUAUUCCUGGAUCUUUCAUGGAAGGGGAGGCUUCGACUUCACACCGACAAGCAAUCCAAAGCCAAAUGUUACUCGAGACUACUGCCAGCGCGAUGAUGGAAAGUGGCGCAGAACCGAGUUUAAGUUCGAAACUGACAAAGUUGAUGUUCUUCCUAUUGAAGACUGGACAUUCUUUCAUCGUGCAGUGGGAAGAGAACAGUUUGGUGUCAAAAUUGGACAAGUUUGUUACCGAUGAUGAAGAUUAGCGAGGAUAUUUGCAUCCGUGGAAGACUUAAUUUCUCGAAUAGAAAGCGACUGAACCAGUUAUCACUAAGUUGCUGUAUUUAUUUUUGUAGAAAAGGGACGUUAUUCCGUUCUCGUUUAUUUCUUGCCUGAAAUCAUAACUGUUACCGCGUGUUUUGGCGAUCUUCCAACUUAACUAACGACCGUCUCCUAACCGGAUAUGGUAGACUGGAAAUGCGUCAUUACAAUGGAAAGGGCUCUGUACUAUUUAGCGUAAGAAACAGAUUAAAGGCUGAAAUGCCUUUUACUUACGAA